UGGAUUACCUGCCCCUUUGUAUACAAAGAGUCAGGCACAGACGAAGUAAUGGCGGACGCGAUGGAAAUAGUUAUAAACAGCCAGUCAAUUACAGAUGCAUUGCAGAAAUAUUGUUCAGAAUUCCAAACUAAUAUAUCAGAGCUCAAACCACUACAGUUUAAAGCAGUACAAACAUUAUUAUCAAAAAAAGACUGCAUCUGUGCUCUACCCACUGAGACUGUUUUAAACUCUCUUGAAGUGAACAAACUAUUUCGCUCUGUUAAAUUUCAAGAUUAUAACAAGUUUCUUGUAAUCGACGAGGCUCAUUGUGUUAUUGAAUGGGACGGAGAAUUUAGGAAGGACUUUAAAAGAAUAUACCAACUGAAGUCUCUUGUAAGUUGCCCAAUUCUUGCUUUGUCAGCAACAAUAACAAAAGCAGGUCAAACUGAAAUUGCAAAAUGUCUGCAUUUGACUAACUAUGAAGUUGUAAGUGCUAGCCCUGCAAAAGACAACAUUAAGAUGUUCGUUAUGAAUCGUCCUAGUCCAAACUCCAAAGGGAAUACCUCAUUUACACCAUAUGACUAUAUAUUUGUACCGGUUUUGCAACAACUGAAGAGUGAGAUUGAUAAUUUUGAAAUAACUAUUGUAUAUUGUAAGACAAUUAAUUGGAUUGGUUAUGGAUAUGAACUUGCAAAGCAAAUACUUGGUGAUGAAUUCUACUCAGGAAAACCAUCGGAGAAAACUGCAAGAGUCAUGAUGUACCAUUCAUCUAUGGAAGGCUCUGAUGGGAAGUUGAAGAAACAUAUUGUUGAGACGUUACAGACUGAAAGGUCUACGAUCCGACUGAUAAUUGCAUCUGUGGCUCUAGGCAUGGGUGCAGAUUUGAGGCAUGUUUAGAGGGUGAUUCAUGCUGGA